GCUUCCGGUUGGCAAGAUGGUGGCGCGCCGGAGGAAGCGUGCGGCGCGGGACCCUGAGAAGGGAAUUCUGAGCCCGCCGGGCUACUCAGCCAUUCCCAUCAAAUUCUCUGAAAAGCAGCAGUCUUCUCAUUACCUCUACGUGAGAGAGCACAAAGUUCGAGAAGGCACCAAGUCUUCCUGGCCUCAGAAACGGACCCUUUUUGUCCUCAAUGUGCCCCCAUACUGCACAGAGGAGUGCCUGUCCCGCCUGCUGUCCCCCUGCGGCCCUGUCCAGUCGGUGGAGUUACAGGAGAAGCCGGAUCUUGCUGAGAGCCCAAAGGAGCCAAAGUCAAAGUUCUUUCACCCCAAGCCAGUUCCUGGCUUCCAGGUGGCCUAUGUGGUGUUCCAGAAGCCACGUGGGGUGUCAGCUGCCUUGGCCCUGAAGGGCCCUCUGCUGGUCUCGACAGAGAGUCACCCUGUGAAGAGCGGCAUUCACAAGUGGAUCAGAGACUACGCAGACUCGGUGCCGGACCCCGAGGCCCUGAGGGUCGAGGUGGACACGUUCAUGGAGACGUACGACGAGAAGAUGGCUGAGGAGGAGGCUAAGGCCAAGGAGGAGGAAGGGGUCCCCGACGAGGAGGGCUGGGUGAAGGUGACCCGCCGCGGCCGGCGGCCGGUGCUCCCGAGGACGGAGGCGGCCAGCCUGCGGGUGCUGGAGAGGGAGAAGCGGAAGCGUGCACGCAAGGAGCUGCUCAACUUCUACGCCUGGCAGCACCGCGAGACCAAGAUGGAGCAUCUUGCGCACCUGCGCAAGAAGUUCCAGGAGGACAAGCAGAGGAUCGAGCUGAUGCGGGCCCAGCGCAAGUUCCGACCCUACUGAGCCUCACCUGCCCGCGGGCCCCGUGGAGAGGGGUGGUGACUGGGUGGCAGCGCGCGGCCAGCGAGGACACAGGGCCUGCAAUACUCAUCUCAGUGGCCGUGCCCAGGCUGAGGGGCCACGCGUCAGCCCCAGAGAUCUGAGCCCACGUGAUGUGGGGUGCAGGACAGUGUCACCCUUUGGUUCCUGUGCUUUGGCAGUCCUGGGGCCCAGCGCAAGGACUUGGACUCCAGAAGCCACUGGCCCAGGAAGUGGCUCCUUCCCUGUCCUGGGCUCUGUCCCCAGC